AUGCCUCUCGUCGUACCUGGUAUCAACAACAAUGACUCCGAUGACAAGACUCAGCUCUGGACCAACAAGCUGGUCGGAAAGAAGCUCCACGAGGAGGAGUCUAACGAGACAACCUUCUGCAAGAGGGAUCUCCCGGAGGAGUCCCGCGUUAUCGAGCCUGGCAUGAUGGUCACUAAGGAUUUCAGACCCAACAGACUCAACGUCCACGUCAAGGAGGACGGAACUGUCUCCCAUCCGAAGCAGAAGCUCAAGUCUUCCGUCCAGCGCUCCCUCCGCGACUCGCUCCUCUCGAGCUAUCCCCUACUGAACCCCUACAUCGAAGAAGUAAUGCCCAAGAAGGCCUCCCUCGAGCAGAUGAAGCUGCCCGACCGCUGCUCCCUCUUCGUCUGCGAGCAGCUGCCCCUCUUCUACCAGCAAGACAACGCCACCCUGGUCCCGCACCUCAAGCUCGUUCACCGCUUCCCGCAAGCUUUCCCGACUAUCCGCAUCGACCGCGGCGCCAUCCGCUUCGUGCUCUCGGGCGCCACGCUCAUGGCCCCCGGGCUGACGAGCGCGGGCGGCCGUUUGCCUGAGCCCCGGGAGGGUGCCGAGGGCGUCGACGAGGAAGGGAGGUGGAGCCGGGAGCUGGAGAAGGGGGAGCCGGUUGUUAUUAUGGCCGAGGGCAAGACGGAGGCGUGCGCUGUUGGGUUUUUGGUUGCUGGUACCAAGGAGGUCAAGGAUAAGGGCAAGGGGCCUGUGGUCGAGGAGGCGCAUUUCCUCGGUGAUGGUCUGUGGAGGCUCGGAACGGACUAA